AUGACGAGUGGAUACACGUUUUACACUUCUGGCGCUCCCCAACAACCAGGAGAAGCAACAUGGAAAUAUCACAUUCGAAAAUUAUUUACAAUAAAAACUUUGGAUACUGUUGAAUCUGAUCAAAAUACAUCAGAACUCAAUAGAACUCUUGGCGCAUGGGAUAUAAUUAUGAUUGGUAUCGGAGGAAUUAUCGGCACGGGUAUAUUCGUAUUAACAGGACAAGCGGCAGCAAACAAUGCAGGACCGGCAGUUUUAAUUUCAUUCAUAAUUUCUGGAUUAGCAUCAGCCUUUGCAGCUUUAUCAUAUUCUGAAAUUGCUUCGAUGAUCCCAGUUGCUGGAUCCGCGUAUACUUAUACUUACGCAACAUUAGGCGAGCUUUUGGCUUGGAUCAUAGGAUGGGAUCUCAUUUUAGAGUAUUUUUUUGGAUCAGCAUCCAUAGCCGUGGGCUUUUCAGGGUACUUUGUGCACUUCUUUGAAAACGCGUUUAAUGUUCACUUUUCUCCUUCUUGGACGGCCGCUCCAUUAUUAUAUAAUGAAACCACUAGUGCCUUCGAAAAAGUACCUGGCUCAUAUUUUAAUGUGCCGGCAUUUGCAAUAAUAAUAUUUUUAACAAUAAUACUUAUUGUUGGCAUAAGAGAAUCUGCCAAUUUUAAUACAGGGAUUGUGGGCAUCAAAGUUCUUAUUCUCAUAUUAUUUGUUAUAGCCGGUAGUACAAGGAUUACCAAUGCAAAUUACAAGCCUUACGUACCACCAAAUGAAGGAAAGUUCUCGGAAUUCGGUUUCACUGGAGUACUUUCCGGUGCAACUGUUGUGUUUUUUGCUUAUAUCGGAUUUGAUUCAGUUUCAACUACUGCUCAAGAAGUAAAAAAUCCUCAAAGAAAUUUGCCUAUUGGAAUCAUAGGAAGUCUGGUAAUUUGCACUGUUUUAUACAUGGCUGUUUCUACCGUUUUGACUGGGAUAGUUCCUUUUCGUGAGUUGGAUGGUCCAGCUCCAAUCUCGACGGCUGCCGAGAAAAUUAAUAUGAGAUGGCUCGGAAUCGUUGUGGAUCUUGGGGCCAUGCUUGGGUUAAUCUCCGGAAAUCUCGUGACACUUUUAGGACAAACGCGUAUUUUUUAUUCGAUGGCACACGACGGUUUAAUCAUUAAAAGUUCAUCCAAGAUUCAUCCAAGAUUUAAAACGCCUUACAUCAUAACAGCAUUCACCGGCAUCUUUUGCGCAAUAGCUUCAGCGCUACUUCCCAUAGACAUCCUGACACAAUUAACGUCGGUUGGCACACUAUUUGCAUUUCUUUUGGUAAAUGUAGGUGUAGUAAUAUUGCGUAUUUAUGCACCAGAUGCUCCAAGAAAGUUCAAAAUACCGGGAGGUCCUUAUUUGGUACCUAUAAUUGGUUCUUUAUUUGACAUAGUAUUAUUAGCUUCGGCUCAUAAAGCAGCCAUUGUAAGAUUAUUUAUUUGGAUGGCUAUCGGAUUAGUUAUUUACUUUGUAUAUGGAAGAAGGAAUUCUACAGCUAAUAAUAAAAAUGAACCGAAGGUUGAAAAGCGAGAGGCAAUUAAUACUCCAAACAGCGAUGGAGUCAUUGAGAUGAUAAAUGUUGUAGAUAAGUAA